AUGUCGGACGCUCCUCCACCGGCCUACGAGGAUGCUGCAAACACAAAGAAACCAGAAACUAGCAGCAGGCCUACCCACUACUCCCACUCCUCCCACCUCGACGUACCGAGAAAUGGCAUCCCAGCCCUCCAUCGCCGCAGCAUGGAAGACGAAGCUCGACCAUUACCCCCAGGUUGGGUUCGCCAGUACGAUGCCAAAGAGGGUCACCAAUUUUUCGUCGAUACGAAUGCUAACCCCCCACGGUCAAUAUGGCACCAUCCCUACGACGACGAACAAUACCUCUCCACCCUAACGUCCGAAGAAAGAGAACGAAUCCAAGCAACAGCUAUGGCCCCAAACCACGCCGAUAUUGCAGCCGAAAGUAGCGCCGAUGAGUCCGAUGCGGGGUCUACUCACAAAGGAUCACAUCAACAAUCACACCAAUCACCACAAGCAAACUCCUCGACACCACCAGACCUCCCUCCCCGACCUCAACCGCAAACCCAUGAAUCCACCGGCGGGCUCGGCAAACUCGGCCGCAAGAUGAAACGCUCGAAGACACCCAUUCCCAUAUCAUCCUGCCCGUCGAAUCCCCAUACACCCUGGUCAUCAUUUCGAAGAGUACGAGCUGUAUCGUCCUAG